AUGCCACCUAGAAAGAAGCAAUGCAAGCAACAAGAUGUGUCAUUCGAACUAGUGGACUCCUUGUCCGACGAUGAUGAUGAGAGCCAAGAUUUCUUUCUGGUUCCUCCCAGUCCUGAGAAGUUGAACAAGUCACAGGUGCCCUGGCUUGAAAAAUAUGCUCCUCAGAACGCGUCUGAGAUUUGCAUUAAUCCAACAAAGUUGCAACAAGUUAGACAACUGCUAAAUAAUAUGUUGAAAGGUCGACUGCCGAAAAAGCUACUUGUUCUUACAGGUCCCUGUGGAAGUAGCAAAUCUACUACCGUUAAACUAUUGGCGAGGGAAUUGUGUGGUGGCGAUAUCUUUAAUGAUUCCAUAGUCGAAUACCAAGAAUCUGAGAAUUUCUCUGUGUUUUUACAGAGUUGCAGGUACAAAAAUGGGAGUAUUGUGUUGUUGGAAGAUCUCCCCAAUGUUUAUCAUUUUGAAACACUUCAAUUGUUUAGAGAAGCUUUACGACAUUGGAUCAACUAUGAUGGUCAGCUUCCGCCAUUGGUCUUAUGUCUUAGCGAGUUUGAGUACGAGACUGAUGACCAAAGAACAGGGUACAAUUUGGAGAAUACCAUGACCGCAGAGACCCUACUUGGCAGAGAUUUGCUAGUGAGUGAACAAGUUGAAGUUAUCAAAUUUAAUCCUUUGGCACAUCGUUUUCUAAGUAAAACAGUUAAAAGAGUGUUAAAACUGGAGAGUUUGGCCAUUGACGAAUCCUUUUUGAACGAUAUCUACAAAACUGGAGAUAUACGAUCUGUAAUGUUCAAUUUGGAGAUGUGGUCUAGAUCAAGGAGCCAUUUGAGCAUGAUACGAGAAAACUCAUUAAACAUCUUCCAUGCACUUGGAAAGAUUAUUUAUUCAAGUAAAGAGUUUGAAGGAAAAUCAAGCAAUUACAAUUCGAUUGCAAAAGUUAUUGAGCUGUACCCGGAAAAAAAUUCGGAUUUAUUGAAUCUAGGGCUUUUGGAAAACUACCAUAUUUUCCAAGAUUCUAAAUUUCCUUUGCAAAUAGGAGCAGCAAUCUGCGAUGAUUUAAGCAAUGCAGAUAUUUGCCCAUUUGGUGAGCUUGGAUUGAGGUCAACGAGAAUCAAUUUGAGUCGAGUUACUCAGAAGCCUAUGGUGUCAAAGUUGAAGAUGAAGUUUCCAAGACAUUUCCGAGCAAUGAAGAUAAGGUCAAAGACCCAUAGUCAAGUUGAAUCGUAUAGACAGUAUUUGGCACCUUCCAACUCGUUUCAAACUUUGAACUUAAUUGAUGGGUUUUAUCUACCGCUCAUAUACAAUAAAACAAGAGGUAGUCUUUUGAGGUAUAAUAGACUUGGUGGUAGGUUGCAAGAAGUAUAUGCUGGGGAAGAGGUGGUUGCUGAUGACGAUUGGCCGCUCAUGGAUGCUUAUGACCAAUUCCAAAUGGAUAUAGGCGAAGCAAGAACAAAAAGGAAAAGAAAAGACAACAUUGACCGGAGCGGAAUCGCAAAUGGCAAUGUCAAUGGUAAUGAUAAUUACAAUUACAAUUACAAUGACGAUGAUGAUGAUGAUGAUGAUACUCUUAGUGAUGAAAUAGAAAACAGCACUCAAUCAGACCUGGACUUUGAUGAUGAUGAUAUUGACUACUUAAUAUCGCAAGGUAAACUAUAG